GACGGCCUAUGCCACGUCUCUCAUGCCCACUUAAUACACAUAUCACAUUUAAAUCCAAAAACGGACAAUAUAGAUUCAAACUGAGCAUUGUAACUGAUAUAUAGCACAAAUUAAUUUAUAUUAUAGUUGAAAAGGUUUGACUAAAUAUCGAUGAAUCUAUUGUUGAGGUCAAUACGCUGAAAAACGUGGCACCACUGCCCGAUGCAGACUACAGCAAGAUGGCUUUCCUGUGCCCAGUCAGAAUUCGUCGGAACAAGAAAAAGAAAGGGUCUGGGGGGUACGUGUCGGAGGGGGAGGAGAAGGUGGUGCGCGCUCCUGGGCUCGGUCGCAUCACAGGCUCUGCUUCCAUAGAGACGCUGGUGCGGGUUGGCUUGGAGAAGGAGGCAGGCCUCUCCCCAGACAGCAAGAUGGUGGUCCUCCAUGACUUCACGCCGUGUGUUGACGAUGAACUGGAAGUGAAGAGGGGUAGUGUUGUAAAUGUACUUUAUCAAGAGAAUGACUGGGUAUACGUUAUAGCCGAGCACGGCCAACAAGAAGGCUUCAUUCCUCAUUCAUAUUGUGCACCUUAUGGCUCUCAACUUGGGGAGCUGACAAUGAAUCAUAAAAAAAAAAUGCCUCGGGAACAUAAUUCAAUGGAAGGUGGCGGAGGGGGUCUAGACACUGACCACAAUACGACGAUAGGCACAAUCAACUCAGGUGGCACAGACAAUCCUGGCCUCGUGGGUUCAGAUAAUGAAAGUUAUGGUGGGAAGUUAAUAGGGGGCCCACCUAAUAGAACAUCAGACUCGUCCAUCCAAAGUGGUACAGCUACGCCUGAUAUUCACCCUUUCUUUAAGGAUCCUGCUGGCAGGUACAUCGUCCUAUACACAUUUAUCGCACGUGAUGAAAAUGAUGUGAGUGUAGAACGAGGAGAGUUUGUAACAGUGCUAAAUCGUGAAGACCCUGAUUGGUAUUGGGUGCUGAGAUCAGACGGGCAAGAAGGUUUUGUACCGUCUGGUUUUGUGUAUCCGGCUGAUGUAAUACAAGAUCACCUGGAACAAGGUGGGGGUACGACUGGUGGGGGAGGUGGGGGGGUCAUGGUGGGCACGAUACAUGGUGGACUGGGAAGUGUUGGGGGACACCAAUUGGGUUAUGGGGCUUCUCAACACCACAUAAACCCUGGAAACAGCGAUGAUCUUCGGUUUCAUGGCUCAGAACUUGUCAUGCUCUAUGAUUAUAAGGCACAAGCCCCAGAUGACCUGUCUGUGCGUCGGGGGGACUGGAUCUAUGCCGACUUGACCAAUCAAACUGUAGAUGGAUGGUUAUGGGCGUACGCUCCAAAGACACGAAAGUAUGGCUUUAUACCAAAAGCUUAUGCCCGUCCUCCUGCAAUGACGUCCCUAUAGAGGAUGUCAGUGGUGUAAAUACGAUUUUCUGUGAAGGAAACUGUGUUUGUGAUUUCUAUAUAUGACAGAAAAUAUCAAACCAGACUAGAGUGUUGUCAGGGAGGUGCCUAAUGUACAGAUGGCAGUCCUCGGUGGUUCCUCUAGCGAGACUGAUGCAGAUACAGUGAUUUGUCUUUAUACAUUAUUGUAUAGAAAAUAUAUUUAUCUGUUUAUACCAUAAUUUCAUUAAUGCUACUCACAAUUAUUUAAAUACACUAGGAUACGUCAUUUUAUAUUUAGCAGGAGUUGUGAUUCGGUGUUGUAAAUGCCACCUGUGCCAAAUAUGAAGUCAACUUGUCCAUUUGUAAGCUUUCCUCUUCGAUACAUUUUUUUAUAUUUAAUUUGUACCUCUUUCCUUUUAUAUAUUUGUACAUGACAUUGUUAACCUUUAAACAAGUUAGAUAUAAUAUA